CGGGGGAAGGAUCCUGCCCAGGAUGUCUGCGAGUCUGGAGAGCCGAUCUAGAGACAAUGGCCCCGAGGGAAUGGACCCCGAUGGCAUCAUUGAGAGCAACUGGAAUGAGAUCGUUGACAGCUUUGACGACAUGAACCUGUCGGAGUCCCUGCUGCGGGGAAUCUACGCCUACGGGUUUGAGAAGCCCUCCGCCAUCCAGCAGCGAGCCAUUCUUCCUUGUAUCAAGGGUUACGAUGUCAUUGCACAAGCUCAGUCUGGAACUGGGAAGACGGCCACCUUCGCCAUCUCGAUCCUCCAGCAGAUCGAGCUGGACCUCAAGGCCACCCAGGCCUUGGUGCUGGCCCCCACCCGUGAGUUAGCCCAGCAGAUCCAGAAGGUCGUGAUGGCCCUCGGGGACUACAUGGGGGCCUCGUGCCACGCCUGUAUCGGGGGCACCAACGUCCGGGCCGAGGUGCAGAAGCUGCAGAUGGAAGCCCCCCAUAUCAUUGUGGGGACUCCGGGCCGUGUCUUCGACAUGUUGAACAGGAGAUACCUGUCUCCCAAAUUCAUUAAGAUGUUCGUGCUGGACGAGGCCGACGAGAUGCUCAGCCGGGGCUUCAAGGAUCAGAUUUACGACAUAUUCCAGAAGCUGAGCGGGAACACCCAGGUGGUGCUCCUGUCGGCCACGAUGCCCAUGGACGUGCUGGAGGUGACCAAGAAGUUCAUGCGGGACCCGAUCCGCAUCCUGGUGAAGAAGGAGGAGCUGACCCUGGAGGGCAUCCGGCAGUUCUACAUCAACGUCGAGAGAGAGGAGUGGAAGCUGGACACGCUCUGCGAUCUCUACGAGACCCUGACCAUCACCCAAGCCGUGAUCUUCAUCAACACCCGCCGGAAGGUGGACUGGCUCACCGAGAAGAUGCAUGCCCGGGACUUCACCGUCUCUGCCAUGCACGGAGACAUGGACCAAAAGGAGCGGGACGUGAUCAUGCGGGAAUUUCGCUCCGGCUCCAGCCGGGUCCUCAUCACCACUGACCUGCUGGCCCGUGGCAUUGACGUGCAGCAGGUGUCGCUCGUCAUCAACUACGACCUGCCCACCAACCGGGAGAACUACAUCCACAGGAUCGGCCGAGGGGGGCGCUUCGGCCGGAAGGGGGUGGCCAUCAACAUGGUGACGGAAGAAGACAAGCGCACCCUGCGCGACAUCGAGACCUUCUACAACACCUCCAUCGAGGAGAUGCCCUUGAACGUGGCCGACCUCAUCUGAGCGCCCCCCGGUGGGCGCCCCGGGCGCUGCCCCUCACGCGCCGGCGCCGGACACUUUUUUUUUAAUUAUUUUCCUCUUUUUUUUUUUUUUGAUUUGUUUUUUUUUGUUGUUGUUGGUUCUUUUGAAUAAAUGUCACUUUUUGGAGGUGAAAAAAAAAAUCCA